AUGAAUAAUUACGAUGAAAUCAUGGAGGAUGUCAAUAUAGUUUCACUAGAUCCUAAUUAUGUGAAUGAGUUGAAUUUUAUUGACGAUUCUAAGGAAGAAUUAGGUAAUGAAGAUGUUAUUGAACAUAGUUAUAUUGUAGGGACACAUCAUGACUAUAAACAAAUUAAUACCAUUCCAGAACAAAAGUUUAAUGAUAUUUGUAACAGCAAUGGAAAACAAAAAAGAAGACUGUUUGCAGACCAAAACGAACGGACUAGAGAACAAACAAAAAUAAAACGAAUGCUUGGACAAAAUUACACAGGAUAUCACAGGGAAGGAAAAUCAGUAUUCCAUAAUACUAUUCGUGAAAAAAGAACAUUAAAACCGGCUUGUACUUCAAUAUACUGUGCUAGUUCAAAGAACCGACACUGCAAUCGAUUCAAAGAGAACGAAAGACAAUCAAUGUUUGAUGACUUCUGGAAAUGUAGUUGGGAUGAGAAGAAAACAUAUUGUACUAAUUUGGUGUCAAAACAAAUAAAAAAACAAGAAACAUUAGCUGCUGGAGAAGCCAGUAGAAGAAAUUUCUCUUACAUAUAUCAUUUGAAAUCUGGAGAUAUGAAAUUUGUUGUGUGUAAAACAAUGUUUCAAAAUACAUUAGGUCUUAACGAGUGGAUGGUAAAAAAUUGGCUGGAUUCUUCUAAUCAGGUUGGCGAACUUUCUAUAAAAAAAAAAAAAAUUACUGGUUCUGUUGAAGUGGCAGUUGAUGAGCAUAAUAUGAAACAAAAUGACAGAGCCCAGAAAGAGCUUACUAAAUAUACACUCGAAGAACACCAAGAUGAAAUUUCUCCUCAAAAGUCCAUUUCAAUGAGAUAUGAUCACUUAAAUUCUUGGUUCGACAGUUUAGCCAAGAUGCCCAGCCACUAUUGUAGGCAGAAAACUAACAGGAUUUACCUUGAAGGCCCGUUUAUUUCUAAAAUGAACGUAUACUCUGCUUAUUUACAAAAAUGUGUUGAAGAUUCUGUUGAAAAUCCAUUGAGUAGAAGAAUUUUUUCUAUAAUUAUGGAAAAAAGAAACUUAUCAAUAUUUCAACCAAGCAAAUAUAUGAUAUACCAAGAUAUAUGUGACAAAUGUUCUAGUUAUGGAGUAAACCAGGUAUGUGAUGAUGAUUAUCAAGAGCAUAUGAAACAAAAAGACAGAGCCCAAGAAGAGAUUACUAAAGAUACACUUGAUGCCCAAGCAUAUAAAAAAAAUGUAUUCACAAUGAACUUGCAGGUAGUAAAACUAUGUCCAGCAUUAAACUCCAAUGCACUUUAUUAUAGCUCGAAAUUGAAAGUUCAUAAUUUUACUGUGUAUAAUUUAGCACCAGAACAUCAGUGUUCAAGCUAUUGGUUGGACGAAUCAGAGGGAAUGUUAGAAUCAUCUGUUUUUACAUCCCUUAUUAUAAAACAUCUAACACUAAAUUGCAUUAAAAAGUCUACAACCCAAAGUAAUAAUGACAUCAUACUUUAUUCUAAUGGAUGUGGGUACCAGAAUCGUAAUGUUCUCUUAUCAAACGCUUUACUCAAGUUUGCAAUUCAAAAUAAUAUUGUUAUCGAACAAAAGUUUUUAGUCGAAGGACAUACACAACUGCCUUGUGACAGUGUCCAUAGUGCUAUAGAAAGCGUUUUGAAAAAUAAAGAAAUUUAUUUACCUUCAGAUUAUGUAAAACUAACCAAAAUUGCACGCCAAAAACCAAAUCCUUAUGAAUCAACUUUGAUGGCACAUUCAGAUUUUCAAGACUAUAAAGACAUCAUGUUUUAUAAGUCUAUAAGACCAGGAAAAUCCAAAGGAGAUCCAGAAGUACGAGAUAUAAGAGCAAUAAAAUAUGACCCAACUACUCAAAAAAUUUAUUUUAAGUUAAAUUUUGAUGAUGAGUAUCAAGAGAUUCCAAAGUAUCAUAAAGCUAAAAAAAAAAUUGAUAUCAAUAAAGAAGUAACAAGGUUAUACCAGAAUAGAAUGGUACUUUCAUUUUCAAAAUGGAGUGAUUUGCAGAAACUUAAAAUAGUUUUGCCCAGAGAUGUUCAUGAUUUUUAUGAUAAUUUACCACAUAAACAUGAGUUAAAGACAACUUGUAAAUUUGCUAAGGAUUGA